AUGUUUCUCAAUGAAUUUAGCAAUGAAACUAACACAAAGUUAACUCUGCCAAUACCCGACGCCAUCACCACUUGGCGUAUAACUGCAUUUACAAAUAAUGACGUUACGGGUUUCGGUAUAGUAAAUGGACCCACAGAUAUCACCACUAUACAAUCCUUCUUCAUAUCACUAAAUCUGCCAAACUCAGUGAAACGUGGCGAAGUUGUGACUAUACCCGUAACCAUAUUCAAUUAUCUUGAUCAGAGCCUAGACACGGAAGUUGUUCUCUAUAAUAAUGAUGAGGAGUUUAAUUUUAUGGAAUCUACAAUACAAGGUAUAGAGAAAGCAAAUGCUGACCAGCAGCAAACAAAACAUCUUACUAUACCGGCGAAUAAGGCCAAAACGGUGAACUUUCUUAUUUAUCCCAAACAAGUGGGGGAAAUAACUUUAAGAAUUACGGUCUCAAGCUCCUUGCAUGCAGAUGCUGUUCUGAAAAAACUUAAAGUUGAAGCAGAAGGUGUGCUUCAGCAAAAAAAUCAAGCUUCAUAUUUAAGUAUUCCGGAAGGAGAGAAAAUAUCCUCAUCAUUUAACAUUGAGGAGCCAGUAGAUAGUGUACCUGAUUCUGAUUAUAUUACUUUCUCAGUGGGUGGUCAUUAUUUAGUGCCUACAGUGGAGAAUUUUCAUGACCUAAUACAAAUGCCUUCUGGUUGUGGUGAUCUAAAUAUGGUGAAUUUUGCUCCCAGUGUUUUAAUUUUGCAAUAUCUCAAAGCAAAUGGCAAGCUAUCGAAAGAGAAAGGUUUGGUUGAAAGUCUAACUUCAGCGAUGGAAGUUGCCUAUCAACAACAACUGUCAUUUCGUCAUGAUAAUGGUGGCUAUAGUAUCUUUGGCAUGGAAACAGAUGAGGAACCCAAUACUUGGCUUACUGCCUAUGUGGUGCGUUACUUUAUUAAAGCUUCGCAUUUCCUAGAUAUUGAGGAGAAAAUAAUUGAGUCGGCUUUGGAGUAUUUGGCUGAACAGCAAAAGACAAAUGGGGAGUUUCUUAGUACGGGUUAUUUAUUAAAUGAAAAUCAUAAAAAUGAAUAUGGACUUGCAGCAUUUAUAUUGUUGGCCUUUUUGGAGAAUCAGAAAUACGCCACGAAAUAUAACAAAACUAUUCAAAAUGGAGUAGAAUUUUUAAAUUCUAAUUUAAACAAUGUCAACGAUAUUUAUGUAUUAUCCUUGAUGGCUACUGUUAUAAAACGUGCUAAACAUCAAGAUGCCAACAAUCUUAUAAUGCAGCUAUCAUCCCAGUGCAAAGAAGGUAAUGGCUUAAAGUGGUGGUCGGAAAAUGAUCAAAACUUGGCCAAUGAUAUAGAAAUUACAGCAUACGCUGCAAUAACAUUGUUGGAUACUCCGGGAGAUCAUACCUCUAUUUUGAAGUGGCUGAUACAACAACGUAAUGCUAAUGGAGGUUUUUCAUCUUCUCAUGACACUGUGGUGGGCAUGGAGGCUUUAGUGAAAUUUUCGGAGAAAUAUAAAAAUCUUAAAAAUGUGAAUUUACAUAUAUCUUACAGUGCUAAAGAUCAGUUGGGAAUGGAAUUGUCUAAAAACGAAUUCUAUGUGGACUCAAAUAAUAUUUUGGAUUUUCAAAAACAUGAGUUACCCAAAACCACACGCCAUAUUACUUUUGAAAUCGAGGGCAAUGGAGCCUCAUUGGUUCAACUCAAUCAUCAAUAUAACAUUGUUAAUAUUCAAGAGUUUCCUCAUUUUAGUAUACAAGCCAAAACAAAGUUUAAAAAUGAUGAAGAAAUGAAUUUGGAAGUUUGCUUUACUUACCUAAUGGAUUCAGAAGCUCCCAACAUUGCCACCAAUAUGGUGAUAAUGGAAGCAAAUCUACCAUCUGGCUUCAAAUAUGAAGCAGAAGAUAGCUUUCCUUUGAGUCAAAAUGAUCUUGUGCAGAGAAUUGAGUUACGAAAUUCAGAAUCAACGAUUAUUUUAUAUUUGGGCAAAUUGAAGGCAGAUAUUAAUCAUUGCUUAGAGAUUCCUGCAGAUAAAAUUAAUGAGAUAUUAAUGCCAAAACCAGCUGCCAUUAAAAUGUACGAUUAUUAUAAUUUGAGUCGUUCAAAUACAUUAUUUUAUACAGUUCAUAAAUAA